GGAUAUUUUGAACCAGUUCUGCUUCGGAGGAUAUGUUGUUUGGUCCUUUUUAACAGACAAAUAAAAGUGAUCAAAACUUAAUACAACUCGCAUCUAAUCUAAUAUCAGUGAACCAGUGACAAAACCAAGCAUGUCUUUUGAGCAAGACCGGCGCAGCAUUUACGAACGUCGCCGCAACAUACUGUACCUUGUGGCCAAUUAUUUAUCCUCCAUGGGACUGCACCAGACCCGCCAGGCUUUGAUCGAUGAGACGCAUCUCACAACGGAGUACGAAGUGUGCGACAACAUCGAUCUCGAUACCAUGUACCAAGAUUUUUGUAGCUACUUUCUGCUCAAGUUUGGCAAACAGCCACGCAUCGUGAAGCGUACCGAAUCCGUUGGACCACUGCCAACGGUACCGCGGAAGCUAUCGGGGGCGAGACGUAAACCACCGCAACCUUCGCUGAAACCUGAUUCGCUUGCCACGGGCGGGGAAGAGCUGCAGUCACUGCGGAUAACACCCGGUAUCCUGCCGGGAGGCAAUCCAAACGAUCACACUGAAGGUCCACCGGCCCCUGUGGUUCCGUACGCCAACCCGAAGCUGUUGGUACGCUUGCAGGACCAUUUCACCAGCGAAUGGAAGGAUCUGGCGGAGGAAGUCUGUAGGGAUUUAAUCCGCAAGGACCUACGCCAACACUGGUCGAACGUGAAAGGGCUCGCGGGUCCGAUCAAGGUGCUGAAGGAGAGUGUCAUCGCACCGCUCGAACAUCCGGAACUGUUCGUGGGGUUGGCUCAGCCGUGGCGUUGCGUGCUGCUGCAUGGUGCCCCAGGAACGGGCAAAACCCUGCUAGCCAGAACGCUUUGCUCGGAGACGCGUGAAUCGGUGACAUUCUUCAGCACCACGGCCAGCACGCUGAUAUCGAAGUGGCGUGGCGAAUCGGAAAAGCUUAUCCGGGUACUGUACGAGGUGGCCAAGUUUUACGCACCAUCUAUCAUCUUUGUGGACGAGUUUGACAGUUUGGCGUCGCGGCGUGACAGUAUCCGGGAGCAUGAAGCUUCCAAGCGAUUCAAAAACGAGUUCCUUUCACUGAUCGACGGGUUGGAAAGUGCUGCAGCUAGCGAACCAACGCCCGCGGAUGGUCGUGAUCGGGUAUUCCUGUUGGCCAGCACCAAUCUACCGUGGGAGCUGGAUCCGGCCUUUUUGCGCCGUUUCGAGCGCAAAAUUCUCGUCGAUCUACCAACGCCCGAUGGACGAAAGGAGCUGAUUGAGCAUCUGCUGCCAACGGUCACUGCCUGGCCGGAACAGGAAAUUCAACAAAUAGUUACCCUUUCGGAGGGUUGGACUGGUGAUGAGGUUCGACUCGCCUGCAAGGAAGCUUCCAUGAUGGUGCUACGGAAUAAGAUAAACGAUCGGCGGACAAUCUCGGGCCGAGUGGAACAAGAAGAGCUUGCGUUUGCGAUGCUGCGCAAAGCUUUCGAACAGUUGCGCCCCGGGUGCGUGGAGCUGGCACAGAAGCAUCGCGACUGGAGUCAACGUUACGGGACACAGCUGCUCGACUGACCACCGCAAGUAAAGCGAACGCCAAUCGUUUUUUUCGCCAAUUACGGCAGCACAUAGCAAACUUAUAUAUUUUCAUUCAUUCAUUUUCAGCUUUCCUUCUUUGCCCGAUCGUUGUUUCAAUUAUUCAAUUAAUUCACUUAAAAGGGAUUACUCUAAAGCAGAUUUCGUGUGAAGUAUUUGUGUGUGUGUGUGUGUUGUAUGAAGCAAAGGCAAUUAGGUAGCAAUGGAGCGCAGCCAAUAGAACAUGGUUCCUGUUGAGAUGUUUAAUAAUUUAUCGUAAAUUUCGUGUGAAGUACAA